GAAUCGAAUAAUUCUAAUAGAUAGGGUAUCAAAGUAGAACUCAAUAUGGCAACUCCAUUAAUUAAUCGUUCAUUAACCACAAUUCGUACCGAGCUCGAAUUUUUGGUCGACUCAGAAGUGAUAACAGCCGAACUUCAUGAAAAACUUGUUGCAGCACUCCCUGCCAAGUACCAGAAGGAUAUGGCUCCUUGGGGUGCAGAUAAAUUGACUUCAGGGGCUGCAGUGGCCAAAGGGUCCACUGAUCUUCUUUCACAAGGCUUGGGAAACGUAAGACUUUCUGAGAAGAAUUCCUACCCGGAUGCGUCGGCUGGUUUCGAACGUCCAACUUCGCCACCGCCAGCUCCGGCACCAGUUAGGGCACCAGCUCCAGUACAACGUAAACCAGUAGGAUACUGUAAGGCUCUUUUCGCCUACAAUGGGAGCGAAGCGGAUGAUAUUCUGCUUCUUAAAGGUGACAGAAUUGCCGUGUUGGAGAACCUUUCAGAGGAUUGGUGGAAGGGAUACAGGAAGGGAGAACUGCCACAAUCUGCCGGUGUUUUCCCAUCUAAUUAUGUGACAAUGAUUUCCCAACAGGAAUUUGAUGGUGAAUCUUAUAUCGACCGUCCAAGCCCUGCUAAUCCUGAGAAGGAAAAGGCACAAUAUAACCCUCAAGAUCUUGGCCCACCACCUCCACAAUACGGACAAGCACCACUUGUAAACCAACCUUCAUAUGGACUGCAAGGAUCAUACGCUCAAUUCCCACCUCCAUCCACCAACUACUACGGCCCACCACAACAACAAUACUAUCAACCCCCUGCACAACAAUACCAACCAGCACCUCAACAGGAGCAGGCACAAGCUGAAGCACCACCACAAGGUCAAAGUCAUUUGAGAAAGUUUGGUGGGAAAUUAGGAAAUGCAGCCAUUUUUGGUGCUGGUGCCACUAUCGGAUCGGAUAUUGUUAAUUCAAUCUUUUAAAACAAACAAGAAUAAUAUAGGUUUUUGUAUUUAAAGAUCAAUUACAUACUAAUUAAUGAGAUUGUAGAAAACAACGUAGUAGAACCGUAAAUUGACCACUUCAUAGCCCCUUUACAUAGAGGAGAGUUAAAAAUGGAAAAAUAUCUAUAUGUAUAAUCUACUUAAUGUAGAUCUUUAAACAUAUAGACCUAUAAAAGCACCUUCUCAAAUACAUAGGAUGUUUGACCAAUUCACUACAUUUCUUCUUCUUUUCUUAUUUGUUCAUUUCUAUCUUUGUACAUAGUAGAGUUAAUAGCAUUCAACUC